CUUUACUCUGGAUUGCCCCAGUAACUCAUGUGUUCAUUCUAUUUUAUCCCACCAAUUAAAAACAAUAUAAUUUUUAAUAUAUUUUAAUCAGAAACGUGGUGAAAAUCGAAAUUGCCCUUAAUGAAACCAAGUAUUUACAGGAUCCAACCUAAACUAUUUGACUCGACCCACUAUUAGCCGGAUCCUUAACCAGAUCCGCGCGUUCCUUUCCAUUUUCUCUUCCUUUGUCGUCUCUCACUCUCUUCUAAACCUUCUAAACCUGAAAAUUGAAAAAAAAUCCUAGAACCGACGAAAACGAUGAAGCUCACCGCAUUGACUGCUUCCUUCACUGCUUCUUCUCUGAUCUUCCCUUAGUCCCUCGUGCCUUUCCUUGUUACUCUGAUUUCAUCAUUUCCCCAAAUCAGUCUGUAACCCUAGAUUUGACGAAAUCAAUUGAAAAAAUUGAUCGAAUCAACUGCUCCUGCGGCGUAUUCUAUUCUCCCGCUCCUUCUGUCGGCGACGUAAUCGACAGAACCCUAGACUUCAUCUCCCAUCUCCUGUUUUCGUUCUCGUCUCUUCCGUGUAAAAGGUAUGUUCUCUCUCCAAUUUUUGAUUGAUUUUGUUGUUGGUUUGAAAGUCCGUUUGAAAGUAUUGUGGUUGAAAAUCGGUUAGGUUCAGAUUUUUUUCAGAAUGAGGAUUACAGAGACUGAAACUUGGACACGUUUGGUUUUGAGGUUAUAGAGAUUGAAAGUUUGGUUUCAGACUUGAGAUAAGUCUAGUGAUUAUGGAAGACUAACUGUUUUGGUGAUAGAAUGUCCUAGACUGUUUGAUAUGUGAAACCGAGUUGAGUGAUUGAUUAAUUGUGAUGUAGUGAUCGAAUUGAUUGGUUGGAGUUUUAUUAUUGAAUGAAUGAUUUAGGGUUUUGAGAUCAGACAGCUAUAAGAAUCAAUGAUUUAUUUUGUAGAUAUUUCAUUGAAUGGGUUUGUUAGCGUUGGUGGUUAUUGAACGUUUAUUGUGUAUGUAUAUAUUCAGGGGAUCAAGAUAUUGAGAGGCUAUAGAUAAUGGCAGGCCAAGGUCGAGGGAGAAAAAAAUCUCAGCAGAAAAAGUCCACAAAAAGAAAUAGUGCUCCUGUAGAAGAGCAGCAUGUAGAAGAACUUUCAACAGAGAAUGAUAGUGAUGAUCUGUCAGCACACGGAAUUGAGUCUGAUAAUCAGGGAACCGAUAAUCAGUCUGCAUCAUCUCAGGAGUGCCAACCACUGCCACCUGAUGAGCUAUGUUUCAAGAACACCGAGUUCACCCAGACGUGUAAGAUACAGAGCAAGUGUUAUGUGACCGAGACGGUGAAGUUUCUGAAGAAGGCUAGGUUUAAGCCUGAGCUCGAGUGGUUUGAAAACCACCCUCAGUUUUGCCAUUUUUUCCACAUGCCCGAUGAACCAAACUUGAAGCUGCAGGGUAUGUGGAUGCUUCUACUGCGCACUGUUCCUUUACAUGAGUCAGAGGACACAUCUUGGUUUGCUGUUAAUGGAGUGCCCAUUCGGUAUUCAAUGAGAGAGCAUGCUCUCAUCUCGGGAUUGGACUGCCAUGACUAUCCGGCUAAGUAUAAGAAGAUUGGAAGCUUUGCGUUUGUAGACAGGCAUUUCAAAUCACAUAAGGAGAUCACUAUGCUAUCUGUGAGAGAGAAGUUGUUGAGUAUGAGUGUGUGUGGGGAUCGACUCAAAAUGGCAGUGCUUUACUUCUUAGGCACGAUUAUCAGAGCGAGGGGAAGGUAUAAUGCCCCGUUCGACCCUUUCGUAUUAAGAAUCGUCAACGAUGUGGAGGUUUGUAAAACCUUUCCUUGGGGUCGGUUGACGUUUGAAGAUGCUCUCCGGUCCAUCACUCACGUGAUGAAGCAUCUGAAAGGGAAACCUAAGAAUAAUGUCAACUUUCCCGGGUUCAUAAUUCCUUUGGAGAUCCUGGCAUUUGAGUGUAUUCCAGCUCUGAAAGCACGAUUUAGAGAAGGUGUAGAAGGCUGUAUGAGUAAGUGUCCGAGGAUGUGUAAAAAGCGGUUCCAAAGUAACAGCAUGAAGGGUUAUCCUCUUGAGGAUUUGUACGACACACUAGGAGAAAUUAAGGUUAUUGAAAGUGUUCUUGUUCCUACUGUUGAUGAGGAACCUCUCAUGGCACGCUUAAUGGAUGGGGAGCCAGACUAUGAAAAUGAAGAAGGCGUGAGUAAUUUGUGGAGCACGUGGUUGACUGUUAAGGAGAAGCCUAUCUUUUGGCAAGAACUCUAUGAGUUAGAUGUGGCUGCAAGGGAGUUUCCUCAGAAGAAAGACAAAAGGAAAGUGCAUGAAGAAGCAUCCUCCUCUAAUACAAGUUUGGAGGACGUUUUGAAAGGGUUUGAAGAGAGGUUGAUGACAAGUUUGAGUGAAGUGAAUGGGAAGGUGGAAAAAAUGAACAAGAGACUUGGGAAGAUUGAACGUUGCCAAGUUGUUUUAAAAAAGAGGUGUAAAAGGAUGAAGGCAAUGGAGAAGAAGCUUGAGAAGAUUGAAGAUUGCCAAUAUUAUUUAAAAAAGAAGGCCAAGAAGGUGGAGAAAGAAAUGAAGGAAAUGAAAGAGAAGGAGGAGGAUAAGGAGAACAAUGACGGUUUCGACUAUCAAGGCAUGGAUUAUGACUGGGGUGGACAGCGGAAUGACAGCAAUGGAGCGGACGCAACAACCAAAGAACCUGAAGAUGCAGAUAUGGUUGAAAAUACAGAGGUGGUAGAAGAGAAAGAGAGUGAAGAAGACGCUCAGAAGGACGAUAGAGGUUCUGAGGAAGAGACAGAACCUGAACCUGAAGCAGAAGCAGAAGCUGAAGAAGACAAAGAAAAAGAGGAUGAGGAAGAGAGUGAAGAAGAGGCUCAGAAGGAACCUGAUGAGGUUCAAGAUGAGGUUGAGAUGAAUGAAGCCAAUGAGAUUGAAGAAGAGGUUGAAACAGAGGCUCGGGUUGAAGUUGAAACCGAGAAAACUGCUACACCACCACGUGGUAGGACUAAGGCAGCAGCCGCGAGGAGACAAAUCCUAACAACACCAGAGAAGUUGUUCGGAAAGGCUGAAAAAAUGGUGGAGGAAGAGGUGAAAGAACCUGAGGAAGAGGCUGAAAAAAUGGUGGAGGAAGAGGUGAAAGAACCUGAGGAAGAGGGUGAAAAAAUGGUGGAGGAAGAAGUGGUAGAGCCUGAGGAAGAGGCUGGAAAAAUGGUGGAGGAAGAGGUGGAAGAACCUGAGGAAGAGGCUGGAAAAAUGGUUGUCUACGAAGGCAGUACUUGUGAAACGAAGGAAACUGACAAGGGAGCAGCCAAGCCUUCUGGAACUGGGGUCAAGCAUAGGCCAAAACAAAUGGCAUUGAGGAAGCACGCUACUAAGCAGGCUCCUAAGCCGAGGGGUAGACCGAGAAAGGAUACUGAACCAAAGAAGUUCACAACGCCAGAACAGACAAAAAGGAUACGUUCACGUUCACAGUGGGUUUCCACUCCUUUCACUGAAGCUAACACUGAUGAGAUUGAAGGGCGCAAGAAGAAGCCUAGAACAAAGGCAUAGAAGACAAGAAGCUUAAAAUAUUUUGGGUGUUAAGUAUUUAUCUCGGAUUUGUUGUGAACUUAUGUAAGAAGUUAUGUUUUGUUGCUUGCUGGUCUGUAAAACUUGAAUGAUAUCUCUUAUGUAGGAUGCUCUGUGUUGUGUGAUUGUCUUGCAGCAGGUUUGGUCCAAUUGAGGACAAAACGAUCUAAGUCUUAAGAAAACACAUUUGUACUACUAGGUUUAUUAUGUAUUACUAAGACAAACAAAAUUUGUCAACAAUAAGAAAAAAAAAUAUAAGAAAAAAAAUGGCACAUGUAUAAAACGUGUAAAACGUGUAAAAUAUAAGAAAAAAAAUAGCACAUGUCUAAAACGUGUAAAAUAUAAUAUUAAACAAAACAUGUUUGAAUACUCUUAGUAGUACUCAAGGAAGUAGUAAUAUUUCAUUCUUCAUAGUAAUAUUUUUGUAAAUCGGAACAUUUUUUAGUAAUACAACAUGAAGAAAUUAAAUUUAUUAGUUACAAAUGUAUUUAGACAAUUUUAGAUUAUAUAUAACACACUGGCAUAAUUUUUUUAAAUAAAAUGCGUAUUUUCUGAAUUUCAUCCCAUUAUGGCCUUCACAUCAAGACAUUAGUAUAGAAGUAGAAGGGUGUUUUCUAUAGAAAUGAGAGGUUUUCAACUAAUUUCAGAAUUUAAGAGUAUUCUAUGUCUAAUUUGGCAAAUAAACACAAAUAUGACCAUAUAAUCUCGUAAUAUAUGAGAUAUUUUUUACUAAAAAUAAAUAAUAAGACGAAAACAAAAGUUCUUUGAAACAUGCAUACUACAUAGUAAUUCAAAGUAGUUCAAAGUAGUUCAAGGUAGUCCAAAGUAGUACCUAGUAGUCCAUAUUACACAUAGUAGUUCGCAGUAGUACCGAGUAGUCCAUAUUACACAUAGUAGUUCACAGUAAUACCGAGUAGUGCAGUGUUACCUAGUACAAGAGUUCCAUGUUACUCAGUGGGGGAAAAAGUACUUCCACAUUCAAAAUACUCAUGCAAACGUCCGCCUCUCCUUCCCCUGCCCCUGCCUCUUCCCCUUCCGCGUCCUCUUCUUCGUCCACGAGAUUCUCCGGCUGAUGGAAACCUUUGCUUUUGAGUGGGUCCUUUCUUUUUUUCGUAUACCGGGGGAAGAACUUUAAGUGCUCGAAUCUCAUCAGGUAUGACCCAUUCAGACAUAUGAGGAACUGGAUAAAUCGUCCUACAGUAUGCCAAUGCCCACAACUCCA